GCGGGCCCCACCACGAGGCAUCAUCAGCAACCAACGACGCAACAACAUCACAGGAGACGUACGGACAAUUGGUCGCAGACAAGAUGCUUCUCCUCGACUAUCAGAAUGUUCUGAUUCAAUCGGUUCUCACCGAGAGAUUCUCUGGUGCCCCUCCUGCGCACAUCGACCAGACAGUCUCCGAUUUCGACGGCGUCAUCUACCACAUCUCGACCCCCGAGACGAAGACCAAGAUUCAGCUUUCGAUUCAAAUAAGAUGCUACAAGGACUUGGUCAAGUACGGCGCAGAGCAGGUGCUGCAGAGAGAAUAUGGCCAGUAUGUGGUGCCGCCGGAACCCGGGUACGACUUCUCGGUAUUGAUCGAUUUGGAGAACCUCCCGGAGGAGAAGGAGGAGAAGGAUGCGCUGAUCAUGAAGAUGGCGCUGUUGAAGCGCAACGCCAUGGCCGCACCUUUCGAGGCUGCUUACGAGGAGCACUACAAGCUGAAGGAGGAGGCAUCCAAGUACACGUCUGAGGAAGCUCCGCAGGGUGUCCGCGAGGGCGGCGAGGUUAUGGCUAUCCACUACCGCGAGGAGGAAGCUAUCUACGUCAAGGCCAGUCACGACCGUGUCACGGUUAUCUUCAGCACCAUCUUCCGCGAGGAAACCGACCGUGUCUUUGGCAAGAUCUUCAUCCAAGAAUUCGUCGACGCCCGUCGGCGAGCUAUCCAGAACGCUCCCCAGGUGCUCUUCAGGAACGACCCCCCGCUGGAGCUCCAGGGAGUCCCUGGUGUCAGAGAUACCGGAACCGGCGAGAUCGGAUACGUUACCUUUGUCCUUUUCCCUCGCCACCUUACACCACAGAGAAUGCCGGACUGCAUCUCCCACAUCCAAACUUUCCGCGACUACUUCCACUACCACAUCAAGGCAUCGAAGGCGUAUAUUCACUCAAGAAUGCGCAAGAGAACUGCCGACUUCCUCCAAGUACUUCGCCGCGCAAGACCCGAUAGCGAGGAGAAGGAACGGAAGACGGCGAGCGGCCGCACUUUCAAGGUCCAGGGUGCGUAGGCUAGUAAGGAUGCAUUCUCACCGCAUGCCCGGAAUACGCAGCACACAAAUCGAUGAUAAGGACUCACUGGACUGUGAACUUGAAACUACGUCCAGAGCUCAGGCGUAUCGAAGCUGUAUAAGCAAAUGCGAUACAACGCGUUCCCGCCCACAGCUGAUAGCGAUAGCAAGCCAAGGGGUUUUCUGUUACCUUUGUAGAAGAAGAAGAAAAAAGACUUUCAUGACCACUAGCCCUGCAGACUAUACCUUAUCCUCGGAAUCCUCCUGAUGAAAACCGGAAGCAGCUUGGCAGUAAUGAAAUCGGGAGCAAUUCUGAGCUGAUGAGCCAAUCAGAGGCCCUAAGGCGUGGACGGGCCUUUUCGUGGUAGGGUGAUGAGACGGAGAUGGAGAAACCUUUUGCAGAUGAUGCGCAAACUGCAGCCGGG